CAGAAUGAGAGUCUAAACGGCUGAUAAAAACAUCACAUUAAUACACAAGUAAUCCACACCACUCCAGUCCAUCAAUUAACAUCUUGUGAAAUGAAAAGCUGUGUGUUUGUAAUCAAUCAUUAGAAUGUUUUAACUUAAAACAUUGUUUCUGGCCAAAAUACCGGUUCAUAAGAAUCCAUUGAAAAAGUCAACCCCCUUUUGUCCCCUCAUAUCAAAAUCCACCAACAUGUUUAAAACAUGUUUUUGCUUGUACAAGUGCUUAAUCUGUGCAUAUUUCUCUCCUAAUUCAAACAUGACGUUUUCACUGGAGGCAACAGUAUUAUGGAUCAAGGGCUUUUGAGCAACGUUUGAGUUAAAAAUGUGAUUAUGAUGGAUUUAUUUCUUGCAAACAUGCAGCUUUUCGCUUCACAAGACGUUAACUGAUAGACUGGAGUCGUGUGGAUUAUUGUGAUGUUUUUAUCAGCUGUAUGAACUAAAUUUUCCAAAUCUGUUUCAAUGAAGAAACAAACUCGUCUACAUCUUGGAUGGCCCGAGGGUGAGCGCAUUUUCAUUUUUUGGGUGAACUAUUCUAACGUAUAAAUACUUGUAUGAACAUUCAACAACUAAGAGAAACUGAAACCGCAGAUUUGCACUGUCAUGCUGGAGGAUCAUGUCAGGAUGAGUCUGCAGGAAGGGUACACAUGAGGGAGGAGGAUGUCUUUCCUGUAACAAAACAAGCUCAGUCUGAUGCUGUGAUAGACCGACCCAGACAAUGAUGGACCCUCCACCUCCAAAUCAAUCCCGUUCAAGACUACAGACCUCGGUGUAACACUCACUCCUUUAAUGAUAAACACAAGCCUGACCAUCACUCCUGGUGAGAUAAAACCAUGACUUGUCAGUGCCGAGCACUUUUUGCUAGACUUGUCUGGUCCAGUGCAGUUUUAAGCAUAAACCCUGAAAUGGGAUUGUAUAUAUAAUUAUGGACCACAAAACAGUCAUAAGGGUCUUUUUAUUUUUUAUUGAGAUGUAUACAUCUGAAUAAAUAAGCUUUCUAUUGAUGUGUGGUUUGUUAGGAUAAGACAAUGUUUGGCUGAGAUACAACUAUUUGAAAAUCUGGAAUCUGAGGGUGCAAAAAAUCAAAAUAUUGAGAAAAUCACCUUUAAAGUUAUCCAAAUGAAGUUCUUUGCUAUGCAUAUUACUAAUCAAAAAUUAAGUUUUGAUAUAUUUACGUUAGGAAAUUUACAAAAUGUCUUCAUGGAACAUGAUCUUUACUUAAUAUCCCAAUGAUUUUUGGCUUAAAAGAAAAAUCGAUAAUUUUGCCUCAUACAAUGUAUUGUUGACUAUUGCUACAAAUAUACCUGUGCUACUUAUGACUGGUUUUGUGGUCCAGGGUCACUUUUAUGUAUUAUUAUCAUAAAUAUAAUUUAUGUUUUAUAUAUUACACAUUUAUAUGAAACAUAGUAUGUAUACGUGCAUACAUGUGCACAAGUGCUUGUGCGACGCGAAAUGUCAUUGGCACGCCUGGCACGUUCUCUUUUUUUCAUUGGACGGCUUUGAAGACGUUUUAUUUUUUUCAUUGGUUGGGAGAAAUGGCGGAAAAUCCCCAUUGGCUCUGUGAGGAAAAUGGCAUAUGAGCAUUAAAUGCCAAUUAUCUCGAAAUGAAAAACAAUCUACACAUAUCGGAGUUCAAAAUAAACGACGCGGACUUUAUCCAGCAAAUCAUAUAUGCCUUUUUUAUCCCUAUAAUUCCUUAAAAUCUCCUUCGAUAUAUAUCACAAUCUGGAAAUCGUCGCCUGGGGCCGCGGGUCUGUUGCUAGGUAGAUUAUGUUAAUAUAUGCAAGGCAGCCAUCUCUGCAGCUACCAUUCAGAGGGAAGACCCACUUCAACCUUUUCCUAAAAAUGCUGAAAACUCUCGGGAAAUCCACACCCGAAGCUUAAGCGCGGAUUCAGGAUCGUCUCUCAGUGGUUGAUGAGCGGUGGAUAGGUGGAGGAGGUGUUCGGUCUCGCCUCAUACUGUUGCUAUGGAGGCCAAGCAGGAGUCCUCACCUGUGUGGAGUUCAGCACCCAACAAUGACAAUGGAAAUACACCUCAGGUGCAUUUUGAGACCAGUGCGGUGGCUCAGAUCGUGUAUAGCGGAGAGCAGUCUGACCGCGCUCAGCAGCAGGUUGUAUAUGCUGCAGACGGAAGCUCCUACACCUCUGUUGAGUCUGCCGAACACACACUGGUGUACAUACACCCAGCCGAUGGAACGCAGGCGGUGUUUACAGAUCAGCCCCAAGUGGCCUACAUUCAGCAAGAUGGCACAACACAACAGGUGACUGUGUUGCUACCCAGCGGUCAGAACAUGAACACUGCAAAUCUGCACGUACUGAGUAAUGUAGCUGAUGGCCCACAGGCGAUCCUGGAACCUGUGACACAGAGCCAACUUGCUGUGACUAAUGCAGCUCUCCCCAACAUGCCAGAGGCCUCAUCGAGUCCCCUGGGGGCCACCGAUUCCACUGUGGAUUCAGAGGAUGAGGAAGAAGACAAUGAUAGCGAUGAUUCUGAAAUGGAUGACUGGGAACCCAGGACACCCCAGCCGUUCACCCCUCAGAACCUCUGGUGUGAGGACUGUAAUAAUGCUAAUCCUGGAGCAUGUAUAAAACAUGGCCCUCUGCACCCCAUCCUCAGCCGCCCUGUGAUGUCCAAGGCUCGGGCCAGCCUUCCUCUCGUCCUGUAUAUUGACCGCUUCCUGGGCGGAGUCUUUACCAAGAGGCGUAUCCCCAAACGCACACAGUUCGGUCCUAUAGAGGGGCCGCUGGUGCGACAGAGCGAACUGCAGGACACGCACAUCCACCUGAAAUUAUACAUGCUAGACCCUGAAAAAGAAGGCGAGAGGGCAGAGGACCUCUGGUUUGACCUGACCGAUGAAGAGAGAUGUAACUGGAUGAUGUUUGUUCGCCCGGCCCAGAAUCACCUGGAGCAGAACCUGGUGGCUUAUCAAUACGGGUCGGACAUUUUUUACACCACCAUUAAGAACAUUCAGCCCAAACAGGAGCUUAAGGUGUGGUACGCCGCAUCGUAUGCAGAGUUUGUCAACCAGAAAGUUCAUGAUGUCACAGAUGAAGAGAGAAAAGUUUUACGUGAGCAGGAGAAGAACUGGCCGUGCUAUGAGUGUAACAGACGGUUCAUGAGCUCUGAGCAGCUUCAGCAGCACUUAAACAUGCACGACGACAAGCUGAACCUCAUCCAAAGGCCGAAGGGCCGUGGCCGAGGACGGGGCAGGAAACGAUUCGGUGCUGCAAGGCGACCAGGACGACGUACGAAAUUCAUCUGCCCACAGACUCCUGUUGAGAGUGCUGACAAGACACAGGAGCUUUUAUCAUCUGUAGAUAAACUACCAUUUGAGGAGCGAACGGACGGAGCUCUUAAUGGGCUGAAGGUGGUGGAGAUGACAGCCGAAUCGAUGGAGACCGAGACAGAAGAAGGGCUUGAUACCCCAGCAACCCACACUGAGGAGCUGCAAGAGGAGGGGGAUUCUGUCACCCCACCUCCGGCCACAGAAGUCCCGGGGUCUGCCAAAGAGGACCUGUCUCAGACAAGUCCCGAAGACCCCCACCUCACACCGCAUGACAUGAGGAGGGCGAGGAGGAUUAGGAAUGCCGCUCUCCAGCAUCUAUUCAUCCGUAAGUCCUUUCGACCCUUUAAAUGUUCUCAGUGCGGGAAAGCCUUUCGGGAUAAAGACAAGUUGGACCAGCACAUGCGGUACCACGGGCGGGACGGCUGCCGUCACAUGUGCCAUCAGUGCGGUAAGGGCUUCCUGACGAACGCUGCGCUCGAGGAUCACCUGCAGUUGCACUCUGAUCAGCGCACCUACUCCUGCCUCUUCUGUGCCGAGUCCUAUGACAGAUUGGACCUGCUCAAAGUGCAUGUGGGGGUUCACCUGGUCAACGGCUGCUUUUCCUGUCCUUCCUGCAAGAAAACCUUCACAGACUUCAUACAGGUUAAGAAACAUGUGAGAAGUUUCCACUCGGAGAAGAUCUUCCAGUGUACGGAGUGUGAUAAAGCCUUCUGCAGGCCUGAUAAACUACGACUCCACAUGCUUCGCCACUCUGACCGCAAGGACUUCCUGUGCUCCACCUGUGGAAAACAGUUUAAGAGAAAGGAUAAACUACGGGAGCACAUGCAAAGGAUGCACAACCCUGAACGCGAGGCCAAAAAGGCGGACCGCAUCCACCGCACCAAAGCUCUGAAACAGAAGGAGCCCACCACUGACUUUGAGAGCUUCAUGUUUAAAUGCAGACUCUGUAUGAUGGGCUUCAGGAGACGAGGGAUGCUGGUGAAUCACCUUUCUAAACGACAUCCUGAGAUGCGAUUGGAGGAGGUUCCUGAGCUGACGCUGCCCAUCAUUAAACCCAACAGAGAUUACUUCUGCCAGUACUGUGAUAAGGUAUAUAAAAGUGCUAGUAAGAGGAAGGCCCACAUUUUGAAGAACCACCCUGGGGCAGAAUUGCCCCCCAGCAUCCGGAAGCUGCGUCCGGCUGGGCCGGGAGAGCCUGACCCCAUGCUGAGCACACACACGCAGCUGACCGGCACCAUCGCUACUGCACCGGUGUGCUGCCCGCACUGUGCCAAACAGUACAGCAGCAAGACGAAGAUGGUCCAGCACAUCCGUAAGAAGCAUCCGGAGUAUCAGUACAACAGCAGCAGCAGCAUCCAGGCACCGCUGGCCACUACUGUCAUCAGCAGCACUCCUGCUGUCAUCACAACAGACGGCGCUACUGCAGAGGCCGUGGUGACGACCGAUCUGUUGACCCAGGCCAUGACGGAGCUGUCCCAGACCCUGACCACAGACUACCGCACAGCACAAGGGGAUUUCCAGAGGAUCCAGUACAUCCCAGUGUCUCAGGCAGGAGGAGGCCUGUCACAGCCACAGCACAUACAGCUGCAGGUGGUGCAGGUGGCCCCGGCGUCCUCUCCUCAUUCUCAGCACUCUACGGUAGAUGUGAGUCAGUUACACGACCCUCACAGUUACAGUCAGCACUCUAUUCAGGUUCAGCACAUCCAGGUGGCUGAGCCCACGGGGACAGUGCAGGCCAAUGCACAGGUUUCAGCUCAGCCUCUAAGUCCCUCCUCUCAGCAAGCGGCUCAGGAGCUUAGCACCGCCCAGCUGACCCCGGUGACCCUCGCUCAGGGCCAGACUCUACAGACGUCCACCAAUCAGACGCAAGGUGCUGCACAGCAUGCGUACCUACCCAGCAACUGGAACUACAGGAGUUAUCCGUCUGAGAUCCAGAUGAUGGCUCUUCCUCAUACUCAGUAUGUGAUCGCAGAGGCCAGCACCCCAGUCACUGCUGCCGUCAACAGCAGUCAGGUCAAAACAACACAUUAUGUGAUCUCAGAAGGACAGACGGAGCUGGAUGGUAAGCAGGUGAACGUCCCGUCCACCGCAGCGCAGGUCCACCCCGACCCAAUGGAGCAGCCGGCCGUCAGUCAGCAGACCACCACGCAGUACAUCAUCACCACCACCACCAACGGGACAGGGGCCAGUGAAGUUCACAUCACCAAACCCUGACCCUCAAUCACACAUGAAGAAACUGAUUCGUCGUCUUCAGCUGUAGAGUUACUUUAAAUGAACAGAUUUCUGAUUUAUUUUCUUGAAGAGUUAAAAAGAUGAACUGAAAUAGUGAAGAUGUUUUGUAUGAAAUAGUAAGAACACUGGAGUGGUUAACUGUGUUUCUCUAGACACCCAAAAAGACCUAAUUGUGUAUGUUUUCAGGAACUAUCAUGACUUUUAACCUGUGCCAUCCUGCCUUUUAUCUUCAUUUUGGUCUCUUUUUUCCCCCCUGUUUAUUUAUAUUUUUAAUUCAGUAAAGUAUUGAAAGAUUCUGCAUUUUCAUACUUGAGUAAGACUGAUGAGACCCCUUUAAAAGGAUUUCUUUUUUUAUUAUUAUUUCUUUGUUUCCCCACAAUAAAAGGGGCCAAGCGUUGUGGAUCCUCACUUUUACUGGCUUUUGUUUGAAUAUAUUUGGAAAUCUUCAAGUAAAAUUUGGCACAGCCGCAAAGCCUGUAAAAAUACUGCCUUGAUGAGCAGGCGGAUCUUAUAAAAGAUCACAUUUUACGCCAAAAUCCAAAGAGAGAAUUAGAAUUUGCACAGAGAAUGUGAAGCUUUGUGACUAUUAAGCGUUACAGUUAAAAUGAACUUUGUUGUCAUGAACAUUGUCAUGAUGCAAAAAUAUUAAUAUUCCUAAAAAAAACACUGACUGCAGUUUCUAAUAUGAAAUGUAAUGUAGUUUCCUAUGGUUUGGAGUGGAAUAUGACCUUGACAUUUCAUUCAGAGAAUCUAGCAUCAAUCUCAAAAUUGUGUUAUUUUAAUAGUUAAAGCAAAACUUCCCAGAUCAGAUCGUCCAUGCCCACAUCAGCUCCCUUGCAAAUUAAAGCAAACCCCAAAUUAAUGCUUUUACUUAAUAUAUUUACUAUAAAAUAUUAAAAUAUGGUCCACUGAAGGAGUCACCAGCCAGAACGAGGUUCAGAUGAAGGUUGAACCCUUCAUACCCCACAAAAAUCCUUCUCAAUAUGUCUCAAGUUAUCUGAGUCCUCAUAUUAUUCUAUGUAUUAUCUGUUAAAAUGAUUGGAAGAACUUGUGUAUUUCAUGUAACUUGUGUUUAUGGACAUGCUAGUAUUUAUUUGGGUUUUGCACAUCCAUCAGUGGAGCACUGCUGCAACUUUAUAUCCUGAGAAAGGGAAAUAUAUCCAGCAUACACUAUUUAUACCGAGACAAACUUGUACAAUGUAAAAAAAU